UGGAAAUUGAUCAGAAAAGCAAAGCACGAAGGCAUCCUGAUUUCGAGUGAAACAUGCGAAAUUGUGCUCAACGGGUUCAUUGAGCGACAUGAUGCUAACAGCAUCAUACCAUCGCUACCGAUCGGCAUUGUGCCAAGUGGAUCAGGCAACGGCCUGCUUUCAUCCUUAUUCUACAGUCGAGGUGAACCACUCAAAAAUCCGAAGUUCACCGAACGAGCAAUCGAUGUCAGCUGCUCUCCUGAAGCACAUGCGCAACCAGUCAAUCUUAUCCAUGUCCAAACAGAGAAGGAGGACUUCGCAUCUUUCCUUAGUGUCGGUUGGGGUCUGAUGGCUGACAUUGAUAUUGAAAGCGAGCGAUGGCGAAAGUUGUUUGGAUCUAACCGAUUCGCUCUCGGGGCGCUCAUUCGGAUUCUAAGUAAGUUUUGA